GAGCACUGGGCAGCAUAGAACAUGGUGCCCGCUCACUAGAUUGUCCCAAGCACCAGCUUCUAUGAGGUAGUAAACUUUUGAGGGAAAGGUGUUAUAACUUAUAGAUGGGCAAACCGGCUAAGAUGAGGACUCGCUGAUUCUGCGUAGAAGGAAGCAGGGUGUGUUUUUGCAACGAGCAGCUCAAACGAUGGUCGAGCAGCUUCAGGGGCCACAAGCUGCAAUUUAUGUAAUACAGACUGCGCCGUCAUCUGCUUAGUUUUCAGAUUCAAUGCUGCGGUGUUGAUCUCCGGUCAUGACAACCAAAAGGUGACGUGCUGACAGAGCUAUGGGGACGGGUGGUUCUAAGCAUGGGAGGCCUGGGGUUUAUGAAACCGGCUGGUUGAGAACGUUAGAAAGUGGGGACUCUCACAGAUUAGACGUCUCUGUGACUCAGUCUGCCGCAGUUGCGGGUGACCAAAGUCGGCAGGUCCCAGCCGCAGCCAGUGAUACUGACACCGUCAUAAACCCUGCAGAGGGCGGGCAGAAAGCAGAUACACCACACAAUGGUGACACUCUGUCUGGAUCUCCACCAGACAACACUGACUUAAACCAGAAGGCUCAGCGAGAAUCUUCUAUAAACAGGGGGGCUCCAGCAAUCGACUCCAGCGCCCUGCAAGCGGUGUUGGGAGAAGGGGCGAGAGCUGAUUAUGCGCAGUGGGUGGUACACGACUUUUCCAAGUUGCUCAAAGAGCAGUACGGCGUUGCGACGUCCACACCCUUCCAGUUGGCAGGUUUCUCUUGGCAACUGCACAUUGUUGCUGGCUCCGCUCUUAAGCACGUGGUGGUGCGGCUCCGCAUGCUCAAUCUGGGACUCUUCUCAUUCAAGCGGAAUCCUAUCAGGCUGCGAGUUUCGCUUCGGAGUCGGGAUCCCUUACGCACACUCCAUGUUGACGCCUGCCAUCGCUUCCGUAGCCGCAACAGCGACGAGUGGAAUUCGGGCGGUCUCAUCGUCCUGGAAGAGUGCCUCGACCCCGCCAGCGGCUAUGCAGAAGGAGAUCUUCUAGCGGGAGACCUCGUUCUGUUCCGAGAUUACAGCGAUGAGGGGCGCAGCCUAUGGAAGUCGCCCCCCCCCACUUUGGCCAGCACAUCGCGCCCCCUCUGCACGAUCGGGUUUUCUCACUCGCACGUUCUGGGGGGGGCGGAGCUGGUCAGCCUUAAGCCGAAGCUGGUGACGUUCAAGAACUUUUUAUCUGAAAUGGAGUGCGAGCACCUCAUUGCAAUGGCCGGACCGAACCUAAAAAGGUCGUUGGUGUCCGGCCGCGCAGUGUCCGAGAACCGGACGUCGUGGAGCAUGUUCAUGACGGGCGAGCUGUCGGACGAUCCCAUCGUGGCGGCCGUUGAGCGGCGCUGCCUGCUGUACGGGGGGAUCAUCGGAACGCGGCUGGGAUCGGAUCGGGAGCGGCUACAGAUUAUCCGGUACCUUCCUGGUGAAAGAUUCAAGCCGCACUAUGACAACGAAGCCGGGGAUUGCACCAAGCGGGCCGCCACAAUCCUGAUGUUCCUGUCGGACGUUGACUCGGGGGGCGAAACGUACUUCCCGAAAGGGUCCCUUCUCCAGAGCGAAGCCGUCGGGUUUGGGGUGAAACCUUCGAAGGGAAAAGCAAUGAUGUUCUUUAGCCGCACGCCCCAGGGUCAGGAAGACCCGUGCAGCCUGCAUGCUGGCAGCCGGGUGCUAGAGGGGGAGAAGUGGGUAGCUUCGAAAUGGUUAACAAUGUAUUGAGUUGACACGAUUUGCGGGGGGGGGAGGACGGGGGGCGGGGUUUAGAAACGGGGGUGGCCAAGCAAUUGUGAAGACCGCCCGCGGGGGUCUACGAGAUUCAGCUUACAUUCAACCAAGUAUCUGAGUACCAUUUGCAUAGAAAGGAGUUCCGGCCAUGGAACCCAACGGUACAUUAAUACCUAGGUGUACAUAAUAUGUGCAUGCGCAAGUACAACGGCUGUUGAGGCAGCUAGUCAAUCUAGUUAAUCGUGUCAUGCAAGUUCAGUGGAUCUGUGAAGGGCGGCUCAGGAUCAAAACAGUUGUUUGGGAGGCUCUUAUUAAACCUAAGAGAAAAGAAAGUCCAUUAAGCGUCAACUUACAUAUGGUCCGUGGAGUCACUUCGGACAU